GGGGAAAGCGCCGAUGGGAAAGUGUCCGGGGCUCGGUUAACAAGAAGACAGCAUCCGGUCCUCUUCAGUUCGUCCUGGGACACUCGGCGAUGAGAGAUUCAUCGAAAGGGGCACUUUGAGAUAUGAUGAGGUUUAUUUCUGGUCGGCAAUAGUACUAUGAUUUGGUAUGUGGCCACUUUGAUAGCAAGUGUAUUCAGCACCCGAGGAACGGCCGCUCAAGGUGCCCACGGAGUGCGAGAGGAGCCCCAGUUUGUGACGGCACGUGCAGGAGAGAACGUCAUCCUGGGAUGCGACGUGUCCCACCCCCUGAACGGCCAGCCCUACGUGGUGGAAUGGUUCAAGUAUGGAAUGCCCAUCCCCUUCUUCAUCAAUUUUCGCUUCUACCCUCCUCAUGUGGACCCGGAAUAUGCUGGCCGGGCCAGUCUGCACGACAAGUCCUCCCUGCGGAUAGAGAACGUGCGCUCAGACGACCAGGGCUGGUAUGAGUGUAAGGUGCUGAUGCUGGAGCAGCAGUACGACACCUUCCACAAUGGCAGCUGGGUGCAUCUAACUGUCAACGCCCCCCCUACGUUCACGGAUACACCACCUCAGUACGUAGAGGCCAAGGAGGGUGGGAGCAUCACUUUGACCUGCACAGCCUUUGGCAACCCUAAACCGUCUGUCGGCUGGCUGCGAGAAGGCAGCCUCAUGGUCAGCAGUGCCAAGUACAAGGUGUCGGAUGGGAGUUUGACGGUGCUAUCCAUCACUCGCGAGGAUCGUGGAGCUUACACAUGUCGAGCCUUCAGCCCCCAGGGAGAAGUCGUUCACACCACACGGCUGCUAGUACAAGGCCCUCCCUUCAUCGUGUCCCCACCAGAGAACAUUACAGUGAACAUCUCCCAGGACGCCUUCUUCACCUGCCAGGCGGAGGCCUACCCUCGUAACCUGACCUACACCUGGUUCUGGGAGGAGGACAACGUCUUCUUCAAGAAUGACUUAAAGCGCAGAGUCAGUAUUCUCAUUGACGGUUCCCUCAUCAUUGCCCAAGUCAAACCUGAGGAUGCUGGCAAAUAUACCUGUGCUCCUAGCAACAGCCUGGGCCGACCACCAACUGCCUAUGCCUUCCUAACAGUGCAAUAUCCUGCCCGUGUGGUUAACAUGCCAUCCGUCAUCUAUGUGGCCAUUGGAAUGCCUGGCUUCAUCCGCUGUCCUAUAGAUGCCAACCCCCCUGUAACUGUGGUUAAGUGGAAGAAAGAUGGCCUCCCUCUCCGGAUAGACAAGUUCCCUGGUUGGAGCCAAAUGGACGAUGGGAGCAUCCGUGUGGCAGAGGUGACGGAGGACUCUCUCGGCACCUAUACCUGCAUGCCUUACAAUGCCCUGGGUUCUUUGGGAUGGUCAUCUCCUGCUCCCCUGGUGCUAAAGGAGCCUCCUAAAUUCUCAGUGGUUCCCGGAGGGGAGUACAGGCAGGAGGCUGGGAGAGAACUGGUUAUCCCCUGUGAGGCAGAGGGAGAUCCCUUUCCCAACAUCACAUGGAGAAAGGUAGGCAAGCCUAGUAAAAGCAAGCACAAUGUUCUGCCCCGGGGCAGCUUACAGUUCAAGUCACUCACCAAGGAGGACCAUGGGGAAUGGGAGUGUGUCGCCACCAACGUUGCCACGAGCAUCACUGCCAGCACGCACGUCCAAGUAAUAGGCACAAGCCCCCACGCCCCCACCAGCAUCCAUGUGGUGGCAUCCUCAACCUGGGCCAAUGUGUCCUGGGAGGUGGGAUAUGACGGAGGCUUCCAGCAGACGUUCUCAGUCUGGCUGAAGAGGGAGCGUUUAGGUCCACAUGACUGGCUCUCCAUACCCGUGCCUGGAGGCCAAGACUGGUUGGUGGUGCCCGGCUUGGAGCCAGAGACAAUAUACCAGUUCAGCGUUCUGGCCCAAAACAAGCUUGGCACAGGCCCUUUCAGCGAGGUUGUCACUGUGAACACACUAGUAUUUCCUAUAAGUACCCCUGAACCAUUGGUGCUGCUUACCCCACCACGGUGCCUCACAGCCAAUCGCACGCAGCAGGGAGUUCUGCUCACCUGGAUCCUGCCUGCCAAUCAUACAGCACCGAUCCAGCAUUAUGUCAUGGAGUUCCGACUGGGGGAGCGAUGGGAGGUCUUGGACGACAGCAUUCCGGCAGGGGAGACGGACCUGCUCGCCCGAGACCUCAUCCAGGAGGCUUGGUACGAGUUCCGUGUGAUGGCAGUCAUGGAUGACAUCAUCAGCGAGCCGAGUAACGUAGUAGGUGUGUCCAGCACAGACUUCUUUCCUCCUCCAGAGAUGGUGGAGGAACGUGGACUGGCGCGGCCUGUGGUGGCAGGCAUUGUGGCAACCAUCUGUUUCCUGGCAGCAGCUGUCCUCUUCAGCACUAUGGCUGCCUGCUUCGUCAACAAGCAGCGUAGGAGGAAGAUGAAGAGGAAAAGAGACCCCCCUCUAUCCAUAACGCACUGCAGAAAAAGCAUGGAAACUCCGUCGUCUUCAGGAAAGUUGAGCCCGGAGAGCAUUCGUUCAAAGGCAUCUCCGUCAGAAUCAUCUGAAGAUAGUCAUGACCAGCGGGAGGGAAAGAAACCAACCACUGUUCCGGGGAAGAGGGAGGAGUUGUCUUUAUACAAGAAGACGAAAAGAGCAAUAACAAGCAAGAAAUACGGCAUGUCCAAGCAUGAAGCUGAAGAAUCACCAAUUGAACUCAUUAGCCGAGGCCCAGAUGGACGCUUUGUCAUAGAUCCCACUGUUGCAGAAAUGUCUGUAAAGCCCCGGCGAAUUGAGGGCUUCCCAUUUGUGGAAGAAUCAGAUCACUAUCCUGAAUUCCGGCAGUCAGACGAGGAAAAUGAUGAUCCCAGGUCUCUGCCCCCAGUGAUGGCCCCUUUACGACCUCACCAGAUUUCCCCGAUCUCCAGCCAGGAAUCCUACUUGCAACCUCCGGCCUACAGCCCUCGUUUCCAGAGGCCGUUCGAAGGUAUGACCAUCAUGGAAAGCAGUCGGCUCCAGGCAACGGGGCAGAUCCGAGGUUCUCUCCACCACAGGGCUUUCUAUGGCUAUUUAGGCCACCCUGGGGAUCAUGACCCCCCACCUCCUUUUUACAUGACUGAUACUAGCCCACUCAGUUCUGUCAUGUCCUCCCCUCCUUACCUUGCUGAAGGUCCUUUUGGUCACCCCAUGAUUCCUGAAGAAUGCAGGGAGGGUGAUUUUCCACAAUAUGCUGUCCCUGGUUUCCCACUUCCUCUGACUAUCACCUCUUCCUCUCGUACACCCGAGAUUUGGCAAGGACUGGAUUUCACCUUUGCAAGUCUGGAGGGUCCCCAGUUCAUUUUCCCACCGCACCACCCUUUGCAUCUCCGCCACGACUCCCCCUAUCCUCCUCCACCUCAUGUUCUUCCCCUAAGUGCUUUCCAGCCCUCCCUUCCAAUGCCUACUUAUCCAGCUGUCCUGCCACUGGAGGCCCCAAAGAGCCGCUCAACUAAGUCUCCCAGCAAGGCCAAGCCUCAUGGCUCCCCAGCCAAGCAUUUAGCUAUGCAAGAGGCACAUUUAGGGCAUCUAAGACACACAAGCCACGGAAUGGGUGUGCCGGUUUUGCCUUACCCCGAUCCAAUGGCCCAUAUUGUACCUAGUGCAUUCAGUAGCCUUGACACGCGAUGGUUUGAAACCACCCCUCGUUUCAAUCCUAGACAGGCUAGUAGGGUGGAUUCUGGAAUGCAUCAGGUGGUCCUCCAGCCCUCCCGACUCUCGCCCCUUACCCAAAGCCCGCUUAGUUCUCACGAAGGCUCCCCAGAGAUUGUAGUACGUCCAAGGCCACGUCCCAACAUUGUCCAACCUCGCAUACCACCAGAGAUGUCUGAGAUUACCCUCCUCCCUCCUUCCACAGCCAGCUUCUCAAGGAGAUCUUCCCCCUCUUCCUCACCUGCCCAUGGCCAGGGUAGCAGGAGAGCAAGUCCCAGCUACCGUUCCCACAUAGCCUUUGCCACUUCUGCAACCAGCUACCCAGCUUCCCAGUCCCCGUCACCCCCCAUGGAAAGCAGCAACAUAUUUGGGCAGAUGCCAUCUCAGAGGAGGACUGAGGAGGGGAUUCUUCCAUCUGAGCCCUCUCCAUCCCAGUUGUCAGCUUCAGGAAAAUAUCGAGGUGUGCCGACUCCCCUUUCGGGGUCUGAGAGGAUUGAUGCACUGAGAUACCAACGUAUAAAGAAGGCCAAGAAGAUGAUGAUGAACAACAAUAACUCAAAGUCCAGAAAGAAAGCAGGUGUCUCCACCUCUCAGACCCAGCAGGCCUACACCUCUCAGGUACUCCAGCCCGAAGAAGUUCUCUACCUCCGCAAGAAGAAGAAACGACCCAUCCUCCACGACCCUUAUACUCGCUUUUCUGCUCUGCUGUACCGCCGCCCUCCGAGGGAGGACCAGAAGGCUAUUUUGGCCAGCAUGGACAACAUAGACCUAGACCAUGCAACCCUCCUCUGAAAGCCCAUAAGGACAAAAUUACAACCAUGCAAUAUUCUCUCAUUCCAAAAUCACUACCAGAACGAACAAAAACCAACAAAGAUGUUUGCAAUUUAUUGUUUUUAAAGGGGAUUUGCACUCAAUUUCAGCAAUCAGAUUGGGUACAUUGUGUAGCUACGCCCUUGGUCAGUUCAAUCUGCACUAGUAAGCAUUCUGCAGAAUUCAAUCUGUGAUAGCAACAACUGUACCUGGAAGAAUUAUAUCAAGAACCGGGAAGAUUUACAGAUUGUGUGUGAAAUGCUGAUCCAAAUUUACAUUUUGUGAUAUUGCAGCAUUUACAACUUGGAAUGGCAUCACAUAAUGCAGUCCUAGUUCCAAGGAUUAUUUGAAUACUACUGAUUGGGAUGCACAAAUGCACAACUGCGACAUACUGUAUGUAUUAAGUACGGUAGUGCCCCCCUCAAAAAAUCAGUUUAAACUUUAGCGAUUCAAAUCAAAACGAUAGCUGCCACAAUUUUCCAAAGUUUUACUCCAGUGCAAAAAGAUAAGUUAAAAAAAGAGGCAAUACAAGUGCCCGUUUUCCACAUCUAAUACAAUUCUAAAAAAAGUCCAGUGUUACCCUUUUCAAAUUCGAACACGUUUCUUGUGUUAAUUGCCCCCCAAAAAUCCCUGCCGGUCUCCGUUUACAGCCCCUUACAACAAAUCUUCUCCGCCAGCAACGUUUAUAUCUGCAGAGAAACUCGCCUCACAAAUGUGUUAUCUCACUUCCUACUAAAUAUACCUCAGAGCACAGGACACGACACCACACAACCACCAGGAUCAGCCAGCAGAGCAAACUAGCCUUUUUAUAUAUCUUUAAUCAUAAUUACUUUUCUUGAAACAUGGUGAAGAUUUUCUUUAUUAUAUUUACUACUUUUUAGUUUGUUAGAAGUCCAUAUCUGGAUUUAUUUCAGUUUAUCUCUCAGAAUGAUAAUGAUCUUUAACAUUCUGUUCUUCUGUAAAUGAUCAGGACUGACAAACACACAACCCUGGACUACUUUACUCAGCCUACUGAAGGAAUAAUCUUAAUCCUUAAUGAAUAAUGUAAUUCAGCAGCGAAUCACACAGGGGCUUAUUGUACUUUUGCAUUUCAUGUACUUGUAACAAACAGGCAAAAUCUAAAUUAAACUAUUUUCAGUCAUUCUGUAUAAAGCCAUGUAAUUGCUCCAAUUCGCUUAAGCUUCAUCUCAUCACUGUUUGCACUGGAGCAAAAUCUUGUCCAUUUCCUCAGAUUUGUGUCGCUUCUUUACACAAGUUUGUGAGCUUUAGGUAGUGUAGAGGACACCAAAUCCUAUUCACAAUAGUUAUGCCAAAAAUAGUCAAAUAAAAAAAUGAACAACACAUAGUCGAGGAUAAGAGUCUGUGCCAUAGUAUAUGAUAGUAUUUUAUUCAUAUAUAUAUAUUCGAGGGCAUACAAAAUAAUGGCUUUGUUUGGCCUUAAUUGAGCUUCUGGUAACCUGCUUCACUUGUGUCCAAUUUGUAUUUUUUAUUUGUGCAUUAGUGCAUGCAUGUGUGAGUAUCAGCCUCUUUGUAUUUUGUCUCUUUAUGUGUUUGUCAUUUGAUGUGGAGAUGCUGAGAGGAGUGUCAUCACUUAAGGAAAAAGAACGUGGCAUUAAGAGAAAUACAAAGUGAGACAAACUAUGUGUGGGUCACUGGAAAAGGCAGUUUUGUUUACAUGUGAUGGUUAAAUUUGCCUGUCAAACUGAGAUGGAAAUAUGGACACUAAGGGGCUAAAAUGUGUUUUGUUGAAUAAGUAAACACAGUGCCAUAACAUUAGAAACUAAACUAUAUCACACAUACUGCACCUCAUGUAAGAUUCAACAAACAAUGGCAGUGUAUUGUACCCAUUUCGUUGCUGUGGGUCUUGUUUUUGCUCAAAAGGUGCUCCAUUUCUCCAAAAGUUGUUUUCAUGUACAGAAGUUAUGGACUCAUAUCUUAGGCUCUUUAUUCUAAAUGAAAGCGGUGUCCAUGUUCUGAUGUUAUUGAUAUGUAUUUUAAUCAUGUAUUUAUUUGUUUGAUUUCUUUAUUGUGAUUUUAAGCAGACUCGUACUGUACCACUCCAAGUUAGUCUUCUUAAACAAACCACAUGUUAAGUGACUAAAUGUGGUUGCUUUAUUAAGAUAUUUCCACAAUGAUUGCUUACAAAAUGAGGCAUUUCGAGUUUUUCAAAAAGCUGACCUCUCAUGUCAUAUUAGAUAUUUAGAGUUCAGAAAAAUUGAUGAAGAGAUGUGAUGUGAUUUAUUCAACACAACAGGAAAUACUAACUUUGUCUCCUGAAAGCAAUCAUCAUUCUUAAACACACAAAAACAUGACAGAAAUGUACUGACUCAGAACAUAUCCAGCAUACUGGAAUAAAGUUCCAAAUCAAUCGUACAGAUACAUAAAAGAUACUUCAGUUUUUAAAAAAAGCAGCAAUUAUAUUUAAAGAGCUUGUGCCUUUAUGAUUAUUAUUAUCCUCCAGCAUUGGAGCAGCUAAUAUUUAAGUAUUGUGUCUGUCAACAUAAUGCACUUAUUGUGGAAAUAACUUUACAAUACAAUUACACCUGCAACUAAAAGUAAAACCACAGUCUCUUUUUCCAAAGAUUCUAAAGUCUGGCGAGCCUAGAGGAAGGUUCAUGUGACAGCAACUUGCUUUUAGCUGCUUCGUAAGGCACUGAGCGAAGUGAUGACUGAAACAUAUCAGAGGCCAUCCCAUCAGGUGCUAAGCAGUGGUGUCAAACAGGCUGCUCUUCAGCCUACGGUGCUAAGCAAACCAUGAAGUAAAGCUGUACUAAUGAGUAUAUAUUUAAAUAACUACAAAUGCCACUUCCAGUUUAACAACUGUCAUUGCUGUGUUGCUGUCUUGAUUUGUUCUGCUGCCUGUGUUUCAUAGCAUAGAUGGUUAAAGGGCAAUGAACAAAUUAAAAACCCUCUUCUUCCACAAAGGCUUUUUAUAACUGCAGGCACUCUGAUGCAAAAUGUUCUCCAAGUCAACAUGUUGUAUGGUACUUUGUUGCUAUCGAAUACCAUUGGUUUCACGCUUUUUAUAGAUAUGUUUAGGUCAGAUAUAAUAAGAAGGGUGUCAUAGUUUUGUUUGAAAAGGAUGUUCACUGCAGACUUUGUGUUGAUCUAUGGAGGGAAUUCAAAGAAUGACUGUAGGCACUUUGUUUGAUUUGUUAAAUUACUUUGGCUUUGUACCUUCCAGAAUGAUAGAGGAGCCAUUGCAAAUGCAUGUGUUUAUGGAAAGACAAGGUGACUAGCCUAAAGGGAGAGUUUGAUUGCGAUCAAUUGACAAUGAUUUCCCAUAUUAGAUUAUUUAAUAACUUAGAAAUUAGCAAUAUGUUUUGUUUUGAGAGCAGACCAUUUCCAAAAAUGUAAUUCAAAAGAAUCACUAUUUUCCACCAGUGCUGGAAAGUUUUAGAUUUGUAACUAUUUUAACUCAGUUGAUAUAAAAAAUAAUCUAAAACAGAACUAACUGACAUGGCCAAGCUGUAUUUUAUCAACAUAUUAACCGAAUACAACAAGUCUCAUCUUACAAUUACCCCACAUUUAAAAACCAAAGCACAGACAGAAAUUACAUAAGAUCCAAAAUAUACAUUAUUUUAAUUAUUCCUUAAUUGUAAAAGAAAAAGUGAUUCUUGUUCAAAUUGGUCAAUAAUAUGCAUGUAGAUAGAAUAAUUAAUUUGAAAUAUGGUCAAAUGUCUAUCUUGUUCUAUUUAGAUGCUCCUGUGACAUUAGACUGUCUAUCUGAGCCCAGUGAAGGUCCAAGCAAGAAGAAAUAAACAGGAUUAGCCUCUAUCAUCUCCAAAUGCUUUGGAAAAAAAGCGCUGAAAUGUACAUUGCUCUGUUCAUACUAAAAGUUCAGUGCUAUACCUUGUUUUGGUCAAAUAUAGAUAUUGAGUUCACUAACAAAAUCCUGAAGAUUCAAUGUCACAUGACAACUCUUAAAAACAGAGGUGAUGGGAAAUUGUCUCUGUGUGACUGUUGAGCUAUUUCCUCACCAAGGACUUUAAUGAGACUCAUCUGAACAAGGCUGAGGGCUGAGUCAGAUCUAAAGUAAUGUAUACUUCCUAAUGUGCCAGUGAGAAUGGUUUCAUGUAUACUGAAAGAUACUUACAUGGGACAUUUGGACGGUCCAGAAAUAGGGAAAAUAGGGCCAGUGCCAGAACAACAUUCUGUAUUUGUGUAAGAGAAGCAUGAUGCAAACAGCUGUCUGUAUUUUAAGCUGAAGCCAAUGGAACAGCUAGGAUUAGCUCAAAGUUAAAGUUGAGCAAUCAGUUUAUCCCAAUGAUUUAAAAUUCCAAAUUUGACACGUUUUCAGUUGUGCCACAGCAUUGACAUGCAAUAAAAAGCACAUGUGGUGCGGUUAGAUGCGUUCAGUGUAAUUGAAGCUGUUACUAGAAUUAUUUCUAAAUGAUGUGGUGAUUUAGGGGAGGUAGAUUUGCUCUUUACUACUCUGUGAUGUCGAUUACUUUAUAUUUCUAUUGUACGUGCAACUUCACAAACUAGUCUGGAGAAAACAGAAGUGGUCCAUAUUAAAGCUCUAGUUGUCCAAUUGCAGUCUUGUGUUUAGUACAGAAUAGAUGUUUUGGUGAAUUACCCCGGCCAGGAUUUAUUACAGAUGUAUGUACCAUAAGGAGGGACAAUCUGAGUAACUUUGUGAAAUGGUUCUACACUUAAAGAAAACAGUGAUGAUUUGCAGUUGAAGUAGCUUAAAAUAGUUAUGUUUGUGGUGUUUCUAAAGAAAUAGAAUCAAAUUGUUUUCAUCAUUCUCAGUACUGUAUCACUCUUGAGCUGAGGAGACGUUAUGCUCGGGCUGGACGAUGCUUUAGGGGAGACUAAGCAUGGCUUUGUUGAGGACGUUUGGCUUGGGGAACUGCUUUUAUUCCAUACGCUGUGGAGAAUCUCUGGUGCUAACACAUGCUGCACAACUACAACCUUUUUGUUGCCUCCAUGUUGGAACCAUAUUGAGUUGAUGUUGAAACUCACCUCUGAAUUCUCUGCAUCUGAUAAAUAAAACUGCCUCAUUAUUUUCCUUAUUUCCACACUGAAAAAAACUAAACAUUGACUUUAAUGAAAUGUAUUAUGACAGAUUUCACAUAACUGUAUUAGGUUUGUUGAAAGCAAUAAUAUAAGGUUUAAAUAUAAAAAGAUUAGGUUCAACUUAAUAGUAUUGCUUUAAACUGACCUUAUACAGUUAUGUGAAACUUGUAGACAUAAUACAUUUGAUUCGAGUCAACGUUAAAGUUUUUUCAGUGCAAAAGAAAAGCAGAUCUUUAGCAAAUUUGGCCGAAAUGAGAAAUUUAAAGACUACUGAAAUAUUACAAUAAAAAGAAAACAUUUUCUCAUCAGACUUGGCACUGAGGAUGCACUGAGGCAGAUACUUAAGUAAACCACAUUUGAGAAAAACUUGUAUAAAUCAUCAGUGUAUUCAUAGCAACACGGCGGAGUAUUGAGUAUCAACUUUUGUCCUAACUCAAGUGUACAAAAAAAGCAUUACAGAUUUGAGAUAUGAAAAAAAAAACAUUUUGUUACACUGUGUAAAUAAUAUCUCAAAUAAGCUUACCUUGUCAUAUAUAUUUUUUGUAGAAUAAAAUAUGAUGCACAUCAACUAUAUUGAAGACUUGAGUGGGAACUGAGUAGUGUAGGGUCUGCUUCAGUGAUAUAUCAUGAUGUACCAGACCAACGUCUAUGUGUGAGUGAUGGAAAUCUUCUAGAAAUGAAUUUAAUAUUAUAGAGCAAGGAAUUAUAGAGAAAAAAAAACAUAUAUAAAUAGAUAUAAAUAUAUUAUCAUGGAACCAAAACGGUUACCUGAGUAUCUAUAUUUGGUGACAGUAAUUGUUUUCAAGAAUGUAUAAGUCUAUAUUGUAUAAUUUUUAUAUCAAUGUUUUGCUCUAUACUGUAGCAAUGCAGAAUCUUACAUAACGUAGAGAAAUAUGUUUUUCUGUUCAAAAGAGAAUGGUGCAUCCACUGUACUGUAUAUCUCCCUGUCUGAUACACAGAAACCCAGAGAACAUACAGCAAUCUAGUUAUUAUAGCAACCUACAUUUGGUGUGAUUAGCAACUGUAAUUGUUGAGUUAUUUGUGGGCCAUCAUCUAACACUGAAAAAACUGAAGCGCUGAUUUUAAUUAAAUGUAUUAUGUCAGCAAA